AAUAACACACAGAAGUACACAACAACAAGAUACAUAAUAUCGUAUAAUAUAAAUCUGUGAUAAUAUCCAUCAAACUGCAAUAAUAUCCAUAAUCUGUGUCCAUAAUGCCUCUUACACGUGCAGCUGGAUUAAUUAUUUUCAGAAAGAUUAACCAAGUAGUUCAAUAUCUUAUGUUGCAAACAUCGUAUGGUGAACAUCACUGGACACCACCUAAAGGUCAUGUUGACCCAGGAGAGUCGGAUUUUGUAACUGCCCUCCGAGAAACACGGGAAGAAGCAGGUUUAUCUGAAAGUGACUUACAAAUUUACAAAGAAAUUUCCAAGUCAUUAGAGUAUAAAGUGAAAGAUAAACCAAAAGUGGUUGUAUAUUGGUUAGCUAGAUUAAAGGAUCCCCAAACAGAAGUAAAACUCUCUGAUGAACAUCAAGAUUUCAAGUGGCUUGCACUCGAACAGGCCCAAGAAAUAUCAGGCUACAAUGAUAUGAACCAAUUACUUGCAGAAUUUCAUGAAAAAGCUUUAAGAAUUUAAUGGUCAUUGAUAUUUGCUUUAUUGAAAACUUGUCAUGGUACAAUCAACAGCACGUCAGGUUAUACAUAUUGUCAAAUUGUAUUGAUUAUUUUGAUUUUAAACCUUAAUGCAUUGAGUGUAGAAUUUAAAAUCAAUUGGAGAAAUUUGAUUUUGUGUAGAUUCUCCAUGUUCAUUUAAAAAGCAUGUUUGUGAUAAACUUAAGUUCAUAUAUUUACAUGAAAAUAUUGUUCUAUUAUCUAAUAAAUUACUAAUUAAGUU